GUCAAAUAUGUCAGCGCCCAUUACUUGGUCGAUUUUUAUUUCUUUUAAAAUUUCGUGGAAGACGUAACAUACUGCGUACAAAUAUCUGCAGAAAGUAUUGACAAAACGUUUUAAAAAAUUGCGGUUUUAAAAGUAAGUGCAGACAUGGCAGAAAAUGAAGAAAUUUUAACAGUAGGGGAAAUUGAAUUAGAUAUCAAGAAAAUAUUGAAAAUAGGGUCUGAUACAAAAGAGAACCCUUCACCCAAACAUGAAAAAGAGGAUUCAAAAACACAGAACAGGCAAGACAAGACAGGCUCCAUUGGAGAGAAAUCAUCACUGGGGACUGUCAGGUCUGAUAAUGCAGACAAGAAAUUAGCAUCAACACAGGGCGGGGGUAAAGGAGCACCAGAGAAUGUCAAUCACGCUGUUCCAGAUGACAUGGUGGAGGUUGUCAAUCUGGACAAGAAAAAGAAGAAAAAGAAGAAAGGUGCUGGGCAGGAAACAAAAGAUCAACAAUCAGAACUGGAUCAAGAUGGAGGUGAAGAUCCUGUAUUCCUAAGUGCACUGGAGAAAGAACAUAUUUUCCCUCUGAAGCAUAAAAUGAAGAAAGCUUCAGUUCCAGUGUACUUUUGUCGCCUGUGCAACAUGCAUCUGAAUAGAGAGGCAAUUUCUCUCCACAUUGAUGAACCAAUGCAUUGUCAGAGAUUGAAGAAUCCCAAAAAGAAACUAAAGAACCCACAAACAUCCCAGGAGAAACCACAGGCAAAACGUGAAAGGGAACAAGUGAAGAAAACAGAGACCCAGGAUGUUCCUGUGUCCUCGUCUAAGUCACAGCAAGGAAAGGGAUCCAAGUUAUCCAUACAAGAUAUGGAUGACAAAACUUCCACUGAGGUUCUACAUAGUACUUUGGAGAAAGAGAAAAUAUUUCCUCUAAAAAAGAAGUCUCUAAGGUUCCCUCGAGCCCGGUAUUUCUGUCGACUCUGUGAUUAUCACAUGGACGCUGUGGAGGACUGUAAGAAGCAUUGCCGAGACAGUCGACACAAGAGAAGGAACGAGGUCAGUAAGUUUGAGACUAAGUUAAAAAGCAUUCCAUGUCCCUCCGCCAGCCACAGGGCAGCACUUGAUCAGCUUGUAGAGAGGAUAUUUACAGAGUGGGGAUUAUCUGAGGGGGAUGUACAGUACAGGGAGGGUCUAACUAGGUCACUACAGGACAAACUGACCAAGGAAGAACAGCUCAAAGAUAUAAAGUUAAUACUGUAUGGUUCUUCUCUGUCGACCCUCGGGAUGAAGGAGAGUGAUGUAAACAUUGACCUUGUUGUUCCUCAGAAGGUCAACCAGGCAAAAGCCUUGACCCACGCAUAUAAAGUAAUGAAGUCUCUAGAGGAAUACAAGGACGUCCAGAGUAACUUUUCGUCCAAGGUACCCUGUGUGUUGUUCACCGACUCAGAGAGAGGCUUGACCUGUCAGCUGACCAUUGGGAGUGACCUUGCUCGAGAGACCAACAAACUUCUACUUAUGUACACCAAGUGUGAUCCCCGAUUCAGGAAACUUGCUCUGGUCUUCAGAUACUGGGCAAAGAUUUGUAAAGUGGAUUGUCAGAUGGAGGGAACUGUACCAGCAUACUGUUUUUAUCUGAUGACUGUGUAUUUCCUGCAGCAGUGCUCUCCCCCUGUUCUGCCUGUCUUACAGACAUAUGAGGAGGAAACAAAGUCUCAGCCAAAAAAAGCACCUGCUCCAAAACAAUUAAACAUGGAACAGGUUACAGCUCAGGUGGAAAGUUGGCAUUCCGAGAACACAGACAGUGUGGGAAGUUUGUGGUUAGAGAUGCUGGAGUUUUACAGCCUCAAGUUUGAGAACUCUGUCAACAUCAUCUGUAUCAGACAACACCAGGCUCUAUCUAGGGUGGAGAGAAAGUGGAACACAAAACGCCUGGCCAUUGAAGAUCCAUUUUCACCUAAAAGAAAUGCUGCACGUUCAGUGAAAAGCUAUGAACUCUUUGAAUAUGUAUGGGAUUGCAUCAGGAUAUCUUAUCUCUAUUUUGGACUGCCAUCUAAUUUUUCAACUUUUUCUGAUGAAGAACAGAAACUUUUCCUUGCAAAAGCCAAAAAGAAGGUUGUUGAAAAUAAUUCCAAAAUUGAGAAAUCAGGAGCUGGAAUUUCUUCUGACAAGUCAGAUUUAGGGGAGGGUGGAAGUGAAGCAAUUGACAGAGAAACCUCUGUCCAGAAAACUUCCGACUGUGGUGAGUCGGUGAAUCAGGAAGCAACAGACUCUUUCUCGGAACAGGUGUCUGGCUCCAUUUGUUCAGAACAAUCUGUGAUGUCUGGGUGUGAGGCCUGUUCUGGUAAAUCUACUGAAGAAUCAGGUGACAGACCUGCUGGUACAGAGAAGUCUGUGACAGAAAACUCCAUAUCAUCUACGGCAUUGUCUCAAUCAGGUUCCAUAGAAGAGGUAGCUAAAGGCAUUGUAGACAAUGUUCUCAAACAAGCCCUCUCUGUGUUUCAUUCCAAGUUUCCUCAAACAGGAGAUAACAGGGCUGCUAGCAGUGAUCAGUCAGAUGCAAGCAAAUGUGAAAAAAUAAAUGGUGGAUUGACCACCGUCGAUCUCAUUGACUCAGAGUGUUCUCUGGAGAAAAUGGAGAAAGCUCUGGAAUACAAUUAUGUGUUUUCCUUGGAUACACUGUCUGAUGGAAAAGGCCCCAAAGUGAUAUGUGUGAUAUGUGAGAAGGAGGGUCAUCUUAAGAUGAACUGUCCUGAGGACUCCCUACCAGAGUUAGUUCCCCUCCCAGAGAUGACAAAGGAUCACCUGCGGAUCCUUACAGAGGUCCUCAAACGAGUUCCAAAAGAUUUUGCUCCGUCACGAGAGGAGAUCAGAGAGAGGGAGACCAUACGCCUGGAACUUGAACUCUUCAUCCAGGAACUUUACCCUACUGCAAGGUUGGAGCUGUUUGGUUCAUCAAACAAUGGCUUUGGAUUUCGUCACAGUGACCUUGACCUAUGUAUGACCUUUGAUGAUCUCCCAGUUCCUGAGAACUUGGACUAUGUUGACUGCAUAGAGAAAGUCACAAAGAAGUUAAAGACACACAGAGGCUUGUACAAUGUGUUUCCCAUUACGACAGCUAAAGUUCCAAUCAUCAAAUUCAAACACCGAUCAUCCCAACUGGAAGGAGAUAUCAGCUUAUAUAAUCUUCUGGCCUUACACAAUACACGUAUGAUUAAUUUGUAUGCUACAAUGGACCCAAGAGUCAGAGUGCUGGGCUAUGCCAUCAAAGUGUUUGCAAAGAUCUGUGAGAUUGGUGAUGCAUCCCGUGGCAGCCUGUCGUCCUAUGCCUAUAUCCUGAUGUUGAUUUACUAUCUACAGCAGUGUAAACCACCAGUUCUCCCCGUCCUACAGGAGAUUCACAUGGAGCCAGAUAAACCAGAGAGAGUGGUAGAGGGGUGGAAUGCCUGGCACUUUGACGACACUGAGGCUUUACCUAACCUAUGGAGCCACUAUGGUAAGAACAAUGCCAGCGUUAGUGAACUUUGGACCGGGCUGUUCAGAUUCUAUACAGAAGAAUUCAAAAUGGAGGAAUGUGUUGUGUGUAUAAGACAACAUGAAAUGCUGACAAGAUUUGAGAAGUUAUGGAAUGGCAAAUGUAUUGCAAUAGAAGAUCCAUUUGAUUUAAACCACAAUUUGGGCGGAGGCUUGUCUAGAAAAAUGCAUCAGUACAUAAUGAAGGCCUUUGUCCAUGGACGACUGCUUUACUGUACACCUGUAGAAAAUAUACCAACCACGUACUCAAGUCCAGCGGAUUAUUUCUUUGACAAAGACCGGUUGACUUCAGGAAGUCCGCCCAAUGACAGAGGAUGUCGAGUCUGUAACAAAAUCGGACACAUCGCGAAGGAAUGUCCAGUAGUUAUAAACAGGAAAGAGAGGGAAGAAAGAGAAAGGGAAAGAAGAAUAAUGGAAGAAAUAAAUGCAGCUAGAAAACUUGAAAAGGAGAGAGAAUUCUUAAACCAACAAAUGAGGAACCAGCAUAGGGAGUUUCACCACAACCAGAACAGCCAACAGAGGGAGUAUCACCACAAUCAGAACAGCCACCAGAGGGAGUUUCAUCACAACCAGAACAGCCACCAGAGGGAGUUCUACCACAGCCAGAACAGUCCUCAAGGAAAUAAUGUACCAAGAGCCUACAGAAGAAGUAACUCGGAGAGUCAGGAGUAUGCUCCUCACACCAGACAGUCUCUACAGAACCCAUUACUGCCAUAUCCUCAAAUGCAGGGGUAUAUGUCUCCCCCAGUCCACCAGAGGGACAAGAGACCCUUCUUUCAUAAUUCAUCCCAUCUGUCUCAGGCCUACUCCAGACCCCCAGGGGGCAUGAACAUUACUGGCCCGCCCUCUCAGCAGAUCUUUAGGAUGCCAGGACAUGAUCCACAACUGAGCAUGCCCAGGAACCAAACUAACAGGAUCUCACAGAGGAACCAAGAUCCCAGAAUGCAUCAGUCCAGAAAUCAUGGUCCUUCAAUGCAGCAGGGGACACAACUGUUACAGGGACAAGUUCCUGGUUACCAGCAGGUGUUGUCUCCCCUACAGGCAUCAAGUCAUGGAUUAGAACAAGGCCGCGUUGUCAAUCCUAGUAACCAGGUCAACUUUGGCAUCACCGUUCCCAAUGAGUUUUACAGGGGAGGUAAUACGGAACAGCAGAGAUUCAGUAAUUCACCGCAUCGGGGACAGCUUAACCGACCUUCACCCCGCAAGUGAACAAAGUGUGUCUCACACUGUCAACUUUAUAAAUAUUGUCAAAUUGACAGAAUAAUUUUACACUUGACUUUGAUAAGGAAUUUCAAAUUUAGUGUUUUAUAGAUAAGCAAAGAUGUCUAUUUUACAAUGAAAUAAAAAAAAAAUGGUAGAAAUAA